AAAUUGAUGAUAUUCCCUAUUACCUUUUGGUAAUUUCCCCAAAAUGCAAAACCCCACUAGAGCCCUGGCUCUCUAGCUACUGUGACUGUUGUUCCCAAAACCCUAACUCUAUCAUUUCUCUGCUGUGUGCUCCAAUGGCCUCUCGCUGCAGAUCUUUUUCAAAGCCGGCUUUCUCUUUUCUCAAAUCCACGGUGAACAAGCCAACGGUCAAUCCCAGGCCUAUGUCUUCUCUCCCCACAACCCGCCCUUCUCUCACACACUCAAGGCCAACUCCUCAGUUGGGUUCUCUGCAAUCUUUACUUCCAUUUCACUCGGCGGUCUCUUCAGCUCGGCUCACGUCGUGCCUCGGCAUUGACUCGAGGAGCUCGAGGUCGUUGUCUCAGGGUAUGCUCGGUGCAAACCCAGGAGUUUGAUAUCUCCAAUGUUUUGUAUUUAUUAUCUAGCUGGGUCUCAGCGUGCCUCGAUAAGAGAUUGAAGUUGGAAGAUAGAGGCUAAAUGGAUCAGUCUCAUCACCCCUGUUAUCAGCAUGUCCUUUUCAUCAUCUAAUGGAGUUAAUUUUAACAGUUCUGUAUGCCGAGGAUACAGCUGCGAGAAUUGAAUUCUCUGUCUCGUUGCUAUAAUUGUUGAAAUUCUCCUUCAAAUUUCUUUUACCUUCCCUUUGAUUUUUCCUAUACUCUAUAUAUAUAGCAUCAAUGUACUACAUUGCUGUUCCUUUUAGUGGGAAAAAGAAAAAAGAAUAAUAAUGAUCUUUCUGUUUUUGCUAGAUUUCAAAGAGUAAUAAUAGUUGGCGUGUGUUCUAAGUUGCA